GUGGCUUAUUGGCUGCCCAUCCCCGCAGGAUUUGAGCCAACUGUUUGGCCAGGAUGAGCUGGAGUUUCCUCACACGGCUCCUGGAGGAGAUCAACAACCACUCAACCUUCGUGGGCAAGAUCUGGCUCACAGUCCUCAUUGUUUUCCGAAUCGUGCUGACGGCUGUCGGAGGGGAGUCCAUCUACUACGAUGAGCAGAGCAAGUUUGUGUGCAACACGCAGCAGCCCGGAUGCGAAAACGUGUGCUAUGACGCCUUCGCCCCGCUCUCCCACGUCCGCUUCUGGAUCUUCCAGAUCAUCAUGGUGGCUAUGCCGUCAGUGCUAUACCUGGGCUUUGCCAUGCACCGUAUCGCCCGGAUGCCAGAGAACGGGCGACGCCGCGCUUCGGCGGGCCGGCGGGCACGCAUGCCGGUCGUGCGCCGGGGAGCCGGGCGCGAGUAUGAAGAGGCAGAGGAUGAUAAUGAAGAAGACCCCAUGAUCUUUGAAGAGAUUGAGGUGGAGAAGGAGAAAAGCCCAGAGGGUGGGGAAAAACACGACGGCCGACGCCGCAUCAAGCAGGACGGGCUGAUGCGUGCCUAUGUGCUGCACUUGCUGUGCCGCUCGCUGCUGGAGAUGGCCUUCCUCUUCGGGCAGUACCUACUGUACCGCUUUGAGGUAAGCCCAUCCUACGUGUGCAGCCGCAGCCCCUGCCCACACACCGUCGACUGCUUUGUCUCCCGCCCCACCGAGAAGACUAUUUUCCUGCUCAUCAUGUACGCAGUCAGCGGGCUCUGCCUCUUCCUCAACCUCUGCGAGCUCGUGCACCUUGGCGUGGGCCGCAUCCGGGAUGCACUGAGCCAGGCAGAUGAUCUCCCACACCUUAAUGACACCAGCCCUGGGCUGCAGUAUGCCAAGAAAGCUCCCAGCGCGCCCCCCACCUACCACUCGCUGAAGAAGGAGCCCCUGAAAGCCCCGCUGCCCAAUGGCAAGCUGGUCUACGGGGAGAACUUGGCCAGCUCCACAACGGAGCGCUUCGCCCUGGCUGGUGCUCCCCCGGAGCAUGAGCUGGACAGGCUGCGCAAGCACCUCCGCUUGGCCCAGGAGCACCUGGAGAUGGCCUUCCACCUCAAUCCGCCGCUGGACACUGCCAGCCCGUCCCGCAGCAGCAGCCCGGAGGCCAACGGCAUGGCUGCUGAGCAGAACCGCCUCAACUUUGCCCACGAGAAGGGAGGCACCGUCUGCGAGAAAACCACAGGGCUGUGAGUGUCAUGUGGCGCCUCUGGGACUG